AAUAAUUUCCUACUCAAAAUGGCGACCAAUAUGCUAUCGCUGCUCUGGCUACUACCAUUUUCAUCUAACUUAACUGGGUCAGUGUGUUCAUCGCAUGGGUUCAGCACCAACAGUCAAGCCUUUGCAAAUAAGCUGGACACCAACAUUGCCAAUGAACAAGUCUACAGAUGCUGGAACUGCAACAAUACAGAAGUUCCAGUCUUUUUUAAAGACUUUGUUCUGCCGCAACCGGUGCUAAUACCGAUUUAUCAGGACACAUGGCAUCUCGAUAUAACGUACGAUUUUGAGGUGCUCACGAACUUGAAUCGCCUAGAGGCAAGUCUCAACGUUCAGGUGAUCUCCGAUGAUGGCUAUACGGAGCUUUGCUAUGUGUUGGGGGACCGCUGCUACGUCCAGGAUGUUUGUGAGAAGCUGUCACAGGGGGGCUUUCGCUGUCCGAUUCCAAAGGCACACUAUAAAGGCACCGCAAAACCGAAACUGCCAACGUUACCGUUCAUCGUCACUGGAGAGUUUCUGGUCGCCUUGCACCUGUGGUCAGAAGGUCUACCUAUUGGCUGCCUUCAGUGCUUGCUAUGCAUUAACAGCUGCAAAACUGGGUAUUGAGAUCAUCUGGAGGAGGAUGAUAUAAUAUGGAACACGCCAAUACAACCAUUAUUCAGAAGUGAAAAAAACACAUUAUUGUGCAUCUUACAAUACUUGUGAAUUUGGAUCAUUACCACAGUGAUAAAACAUAUGAGCCGCGUUCUGUGAAAAAGGGGUUUAAUGCAUGUGCGUAAAGUGUCGUCCCAGAUUAGCCUGUGCAGUCCAUGCAGGCUAAUCAGGGACGACACUUUCUGCCUUAAGUGGAUUUUUGCUAAAGAGACUUUUUUUAAACGAAAAAAAAUCAUAAAAGCGGAAAGUGUCGUCCCUGAUUAGCCUGUGCGGACUUCACAGGCUAAUCUGGGACAACACUUUACGCACAUGCAUUAAACCCCAUUUUCACAGAGCAUGUAUAUUUGAAUUUGUAUUGAAGAAGAGAGUUAUAAAUAUACGUGAAAUAUGACUUUCUUGGUGAAGUCGUAUUUAUUUGAGUUUGAAGUUAACAAGUUUUUUUAAGGCAUCUGAUAUGAGAGCCUUCUAUAACAUUGAAUGCAAAGAGUAUAUAGAACCCAUUGACAUGUCAGUUAGUUGUCUGUUAUGCUUCAAUACUCCGUGCGAAAACACAUUAUUACGAUUCAAUAAACACGCAAGUAGUUAUUUACUUGUGAGAUGGAUAUUAAUUUUCAUUCAAUAAAAGUAUUUAAUAAUUGAUUCAACAAUAAUUGAUAACAUGCAUUAAAAAAUAAUAAGCGUUUUUUUAGUUUAAAUAAUGUGUAUGAUGACUUGGAUGUACAGUGUGUGGUACUGCACUGUAUAGAUCUACAAACGCAGUAUAUUAUUUUAGCAAAAUUUUUUUUAUUGAAAACAUAUUGUUUGAAUAAAUACAACAAAUUA